AUGGAGCGAGGGCCUUUCAAGUUCCUCUUGCGGGCUAUCAUGGUGGUCGCCGCCGUGGCUGGACUGCUGGUGCUUCUGCUUUCCGCCAACAAGCCUGACGCUGCCUCUGUGGUUCAGCGCGGCGACGGUGUUGGCCUUCCUGACCUUCCCAUGACCAACGUUACCAGCUCGGCUUUGAACAGAGGCAUCCACACGGAACCUGGCACUACGAUUACGAAUGUGACGCUUCAGGAGCGCGUGAUUGACAAACGAGCAAUCUUGGAGCAUGCGACUCCUGAGCUGUUUGAGCUGUUUGAAGCAUAUCGUCAGAAGGGCGAGCACAUCUUGGACCUGAUGUUCACUCCCGAGCAGGAAAUCGGUGACCGACUUCCCGGCGGGAGAAAUGGCCAGAUCAGUCCCUUCAAGGAAGAUUAUCGAGAUUGGGAUUGGUCGGUCCUGCCCUCCAGCUUUCAGCAGAUUCAAGAAAUCGCCUAUCUGCAGGGCCUGCGUACUGUGCAGGGCUUCGAAGAUGAAGACGACCCCAUCCUGUUUCCAGGCAACAACCACGAUUUGAGAAGAUUUACAUGGGAACAAAACAAGCCGUAUUCCGCCAGUGGCCUGCAGUAUCCGGUUUUGUAUGAACAAACAGCAAAAGAGUUUGGCUUCCACCCUCUGCAAAGCGAAACGACUAUUGCCAGACCUCCGAGAUGGAUCGUGAUCAACGAGGUAGAUGAAGUGCCAGAGACCCUUGAAGUCGUGAAGUGGUGCUUGAGCUUGCGACUUCCCCCUGGCUUUAACGCGUACCCAAGAUGGGUGGACCGUCAGACAUUCCCAAUCGGCUCCCACUGCCAUGCGGCACUGUUGGGAACAGCCAACUCAUACGGUCUGGCAAUGUAUUAUUUGACACACAAGUUUCGAUUUCGAAACUGGGUCCUCGCAUCGGUGACAAUAUUCAGCAACGGCGAUGUAGGACGCAACGGUGAAACGCCCACUCUGAUUUGGUGGGUUGAACGCGGGGGUAACUACGGUCACAGCGACGCUCGAGUCCGAUCGGUUCGAGACCGUAACAAGCAGGCUGAUAUGGAUUGGAAUGCUCGACCAGACGACAACAACCCCGGUGUUCUGGAGUAUCCGUGGCCGAUGAAGCUUGUGUACAGUGAGGAUGUGGAGCAGAUGAAAGGUCUGAAGUCCUCCCACACGAUCAAUAAGGAAUCACGAUCGACGCCAAUCGAAUCUAGCAUUCGACGACUGUUUUCUCAAGAGCCGAAUACGAUGUACAUCGACAUCAAGCGCCGAAGCCCCCUGUGGCUGGCCCUCAUGGCAAUCACCAUCGCUGCUGUUACCCCCUGUCCGCUCUUCAGCACAGAGGGUCAAAGGGCAGCCACGGACGAGUCAGUGGCUCGAAAUGGUCUCUUCCCGGAGCCCCAGGUGCAAGGCAAUUUCUCAGUCGAUAGUGUGAUCUCGCGUCACUCCACGAUUGACGGUCGCGGGCUUGUCAAACGCCAGAUGGCGGACCCAGCUGAUGAUAAGACAUUCUACGAGUAUCGAUGCAAGGGCGAGAAGGUGCUUCAAUGGCUACUCGCGACCGAACAACAGCUGAUCGAGGAGCUUGGAUCCUGGGCUCAAGUCCAUACCACACGCAACGACAUGUAUGGUCCUGGAGGUGGCUGGUCCACAUAUGCUCGGGAAUUCAUCGAAAUCGAAAGUGUGGAUGCAAGCAUAUUGAAGCUAGCUGGGCUCACUGGUAUUUCAGGAAUCCCACAAUCACAACCUUUGGGGCUGCAAAAUUACAAGGAUGGAUAA